UGUAUACAGGGCAAGGGGGGGCAGGUAUGACCGCCGCUUUGGGGCGGCAUAAUGCAAUUUUGUGGUGUGAAGAUGAUUAUUUUUGAGCACUUAGGCACCAUGUGCUCCACCACGAUGUAGUUGUCAAUACUGUGGGUGUUUGGGAGAACAGAGAACAUUGUCAGAGAGCAUGUUCGUCGCUUGGGGUGAGCACCCUCCGCGAGUGACGAUGUGGCCGUCUGAUCUGCUACAGCUGACACUUGUGGAUACCCGUGCGACCGCCGCCAGCAACUAGGCCGAGCAGUCUUUUUCAGGACGGCGGUUCCUGGUGCCGCCAAAAGAUGGAGCUGGAAGUGCAGCGGCGACCGCGGGAAACUCGAGCUCUGUCUUUGGGAGCCACCAGGAAAGUGGAGUUCGUACCAGUCGCCAAAGAAAAGACAUCGCCUGCAAGUAGCCGAAGCGGGGAUUCGCAGCCCAGGCAGGUGGAGGAGUCUCAGAGGCUCUCUUCGCCGUUUCGUCGUCAAUCGACCAAGCCUCGGGAACGAGUGGUUACGAAGUGCCUUCUGUACCAGAACGUUGCCGAACUCCAACACAUAAUCCAGCGGACGGCGAAAGACCGACUCGUGCUUGAACAUCAGGUCGCCAGACUUCGCAAGGCAGCCCAAGAGGAAAAAGUGAAAACGAAAGAGGAACUCGAAGCUCGACUGCGCCAUGCGGAGUGUAGGCUGCACGAACGCGAGGAGGAGCUAGCCCAGCUGCAAAAGGAACUGGAUGACCGCCGGGAAAUCUGCGCCGAUUUGGAGCGGCAGCUGCUGGAAGCCCUUGAACAAAAGAUUGAGGUCGAAGCGGAGAAAAGCAAGCUCCAGGAACAAGUAAAGUGCCUCCAUGCGGCGGAGUCUGAAUGUGCGCGGGCGCUGUCCUUGGCCUCGUCGUCGGCGUCAGAACUUCGGGGCGUCCGCGCUGAGCUGCACGAUCUGCAGCAGAGCGCGGCCGCCCUGGAGGCCCUCGUCACUCACCUCAGGCGCGCCGCCGACCGGCGACGCGACCUCGAGAGACAACAUGCACAGGCUCUGGAGGAGCUUCGCCAACGUCGGCAGGAGGCGACGGUGGCGGCGACAGCGGCCGCGCGUCUCACCAAGGACGAUAGUUCGCUAGACACCCUGAAAGCACUUGAAUCCAAAGUACGCGAACUGCAAAAGAAGUGCGAACUGCAGAAUGUCCUACACGAAGAAUUGGUGUUGGAGAUGGCAACUCUUCGCAGGCAGCAACGCAGGCCUGCCAGGGAUGCAUGGAGAAGUGGCCGUUCCCUCUCCGCCGAGGUAACCACGGGUGAAACUUUCAUGCUUGACGACCCACUACUGGAUGCCAGCACAGACACUUUGCUGACAACGCGAAUAGGAGCACGUUCGGCUUCUCCGCCUCAGCUUCAGAUUGAUACGGACAACAUCACCAGUCUGGACAGAUCCUUGCUUACGACUUCUUCGGUUCUUACAGUUUAUUUUGAAAGAGAUCCGUCAACGAUGUCAUACGUGCAAUUGGGCAAACGGUGUGCGGACAUGUCUGUAAGCCACUCGAGUGCAACCCGAGUUGCAACACAGACGAUGCCUUCACUGCAGAACUGCACGUCCCAGGAGAUAGACCGCAUCCUGGCAAGGAUUCAACAGGAUAAUAGAGUCCUGGCGGAGCUUGAAAAGUCCAGGGCAACAAUUGGUUCCCCGGUUUCUUGUGCCAAUAUACAAAGGCUCAAACAGAGCAUCGAGCAAGACGCUCGUGCUGUAGAAAAUAGCAUAUCAGUGCUUCAGUCUAGCCUAAAAUCGUCCUUUUCUUCUCCGGCGAUCGACCAGCUUAUGCUGGAACCACGCCGAACUAAGCACUUGUACUCUCAGCUCAGGUCCAGGACUCUGCAACGGCCUACGAUAACUAUGCAAGAUCUGGACGGUCUGAUGGCGAAAUUGGAUCGCGAUAACAGAAUAUUGGCGGAACUGGACAAGAAAAGGGCGAAUAUCGGUUCUUCGUUAACGUACACGAGCACUCUUCCAACGAGCACAUGUUUGUCGGAGCGCUUGUGUCUCGCAUCGAGUUCUUCUGCUACUUCCGUCACCCUAGCUCAGACACCUAUUUCUUCGAGACCUGUGCUCACACUGCCGUCGGUUCCGGUGUCACUGCCCACUAACUGCACGCUGGUAACGUCACCGAUGCCCAAGCAGCAGCAGCAGCACCAGCAGCACCAGCAGCUACCACCUACAACCACCAUGGUCAAAGAAGAGGGACAAACAGUGGUUCAGCCCGAAGAAGACAUGCUGUGCGUGGAGUCUGUAGAGUUUGUCGACCUCCCAGGCAGAGGUCGAUGCCGCGUCUACAUUGCGCGGUACAGCUACGACCCGAUGAAACAGUCGCCCAAUGAGAACCCCGAGGCAGAGCUCUAUCUCAACGCUGGAGAUUAUAUCCUCAUCUUUGGCGACAUGGAUGAGGACGGCUUCUUCAACGGAGAGCUACUGGACGGGAAGAAAGGGCUGGUGCCUUCCAACUUUGUAGCAAAAUUGACAGGGGAAGACCUGUUUGAGUUUCAAACAACAGUGCUCUAUGGAAACAGGGAUUCGGAUGACAGCAGUGCCAGCUUUACUUACGCUGCCGAUAUGGACUUUAUGGGAUCCGAGGAUCUACACAGGCUGCCACCAGAGGACUUCCACCGCAUGAAUGACUACAUUGACCUGGAAGAUAUCGAAGAAGUGGAUGAAGACGCUCUGUCGGAAAUUGAGCGAGAGACUGAAGGGCCAGGCCCCCCACCCUGGUGCUUCCCAGUGCCGCCUCCCCAGCGCCUGGUCCUCGAGAGGCAGCUGAACAAGAGUAUCCUAAUUGGCUGGCUGCCUCCGGACGUGGUCCUCAGUUCUCUGGAGUCCUACCAAGUAUACGUGGAUGGUGUCCUCAAGGCCACCAUCAAGGCUGGACAGCGCACCCGUGCCCUACUUGAGGGCGUCGAUUCGUGCCAGCCACACAGGAUCAGCGUGAGGUCCGUGCUGACGUCCGGCCAGCACUCUAGAGACGCAGCAUGCACAAUAGUCAUCGGGAAAAACGUCCCCCUGGCACCAAGCUGCGUGAAAGCGUCCAACGUGGCCUCAACGUCUGCUCUGGUGAGCUGGCUACCGAGCAAUUCCAACUUCAGCCACGUGGUGGCCGUCAACUCGGUCGAGAUGAAAGUGGUGAAGCCCGGCGUAUUCCGCCAUCUUGUGUCCGGGCUCGCUCCCAACACCACGUACCGCGUUGGAGUACGCGCCAAGCCGGGCAGGCUCCUGCUCCACGCGGCAACCGACGACAAAGACCCAAGGCGGCUUAUGGGAAUGCUCACUGCCUUCGUGGAUUUCCGGACCCUGCCCAAAGGAAUACCGGACCCUCCUGUGGAUAUCCAAGUGGAGGCUGGUCCCCAGGAGGGAACCCUGCUGGUUACCUGGCUGCCCGUGACAAUAAACGCUACGGCUGGAACUUCCAAUGGGGCUCCCGUCACGGGAUAUGCCGUGUACGCCGCUGGACGUAAACUGGCAGAGAUAGACAGCCCCACAGGUGACCAUGCACUGUUAGACAUCAGCCAUCUGAUGCCACUGCACAACAAGACAGUGACAGUGAGAACCAGGGCUGGAGAUUCGCUCUCUGUUGACUCCUUACCUUGUAUCAUCCCUGAUGAGCUGCUUCGGAGCAAGUCGGCAAAGGCAGCAGAGAAGACAGAAGAGAUUCAUUCAGAGUUGUCCGAUAUCGUGGAAGAAGUUGAGGACGAACUCCUCGAAAAUGGAGACGUUCACAGAGGGGGUCGUGGCAACCGUUGCAGUACGUCUGGUGGUGGUCGUAAGCACCACCAUCACCACCACCAUCACCACCACGGGCAUCACAGCGGGCGACGAGAGCGCCGCAAUUCGGCCGGGCAAGUCAUCAUCGAGCCAGACGAGAACCUCAGUGACAAGGAAAUUUACCCGCUAGGUCGCGCAUCUUCUAUUCCUGCCAUUGAGAUCACAAAGGACAGUGCUGGUGGCAUUGUAGAGAAUUACUCGGAAGAAGAGUUCGAGAAGUACGACUUCGGCCGGAUGGCGAGGCAUCGACGCCAUCAUGGCACCUCUGCCCCUACGUUAGCCCCGCACGCUAACGGCGGUUCUCUGACGUACGCGGAGCGGCCGCGACCCACGUCCCCGACUCCACCGACACGGACGAGGCACGUGUCGGACGAAGAGCGUGCCUACUAUGCCCGUUCUAGGGCAGAAUACGGAGGCAGCUCUCGGAAGGUUCGCUUGUUCGUCGCGCUCUUCGACUACGACCCACAGACUAUGUCUCCAAACCCGGAUGCUGCCGAGGAAGAGCUCCCUUUUCAAGAAGGACAACUAAUCAAGAUAUACGGAGAUAAAGAUCCAGACGGCUUCUACAGAGGAGAGGCGAAUGGUCGCAUGGGGUUCGUACCGUGUAACAUGGUUUCUGAAGUGCAAGUCGACGACGAGGAAGUAGUUGCACAGCAGAUGGAUCCGGGUCCGAGACAUCGGCCGCCCCAACGAGGCAGUAGGGAAAGGGAUUCGUGGAGUGCCCAGCAGCAGCCCGUGAAGCGAAUGGUAGCUCUGUACGACUACGACCCGCAAGAACUCAGCCCCAAUGUUGACUCCGAGAUGGAGCUGGCAUUCAACACGGGGGACAUCAUCUAUGUCUACGGAGACAUGGACGAGGACGGGUUUUUUGUGGGGGAGCUUAACGGUGUCCGGGGACUGGUGCCUUCCAACUUCUUGACCGAAGCGCCCCCAGACUACGGAGAUGGCGGGCCGCGGGGCCGACCACAGCAACUCUCUGCGAAGGCCUCCACCCGUUCCCGCUGGAAACGCUCCACUGCUGUGGUCAUGAGCUGCGCGACCCGACCAUGCACUCGUACCAGCGUCCGCCCCCAUCUGGUCCGCCCCAUGGAGGCCCGUUCCCUCCAGGAUGUGCCCCAAUGGGUGGGCCGCACCACCCCGCCCCACCGCCGAAGGAGGUUGGAGGACACCUCGGUGAGUCGCACCCCACCUGGCAGCAGCCCUACGACCACCAGCGAGGAGGAGGCGGGGGCCCUAACCAGGGGCCCCCGGUAUCGGCAGGUGGAUCAUUCGACAACCCGGCGUCUCGCAGCGGGCGGGGUUAUGACGGCCGAGGUUCUUACACGAGAGGCCCAGAGGACAGGCACUAUGGACCUACCAGAUCCGGGCCUCAGAGGUGGUGAAACCAGGGGGGUAGUUAGCAAGGCGAAGACAAAGAAGUCAAGGUUUCGAUUCCUACACGUUCUCAAAUGCUUGUUUCGUGGUAAAAGAAAGAAAGAGUAACAGGCUGAUAGGAUGAGAAUGACGAUGGUAGGCUGAUAGAUCGUUGUCCCGUGAUAGGUUCUGUUCAGCCCAGCAUUCCUUGUUCAGCUUGAUUUGAAGCACGAAGGUAUGUGCGUGCUGUGAUGAUUGUACGGCCCUGUUUUAUUCGUCGGUCCUUCCACUCUCUCAUGCCAUGAAGCGUUAUCGUGAUAAUUUGUGUUCACAAUUUGCGUUUUACACGAAAUUACCGUGUUGGCAUGCCUGGCGAACGCCGAGCGAGGGCAUUGGCGCACAUGUUGUUAUUGAAUCAUGGCGCAAUACACACGUGUUAAGCGCGAAGACUUCCUUCUAUCAAUAAUUCGCGUUGGACUAUUCCCGUACCAAAAGUCCGACUACGUCUUGUCUGUCAUUCCUAAGCAGUAUCUGCAACCCUUCAUCUAGGAUCGAGUGCUGUGCUGGAGAAGCUGAGGAAAUGCGUAAAUGCACGUGGCGAAAUUGCACGCAGUGUUUUGACAAGGCGAACGCACAGUACAGGUGUGCCGCAUACUUGGUGGAAUUGGGAAACGUACGUAGUAUACCAGACAGCACAGAGUUGGAAGCCAGCGAGAGACCACCGCCCCUCAGAUCAACGUUGCCAGCUGGAACACUCUGUAGGGAACUCUCAGCUCGCAUGCUCGUAGUGUAAAAUACGAACUUGAUGCAAUACGACACGAAGCAGGGUUUGUUGGAAGGAACACAGACCUAGCGUGUGCACCACCGAAGCGUUACCUUCGUAAGGUUUCAGCCGUGAGGAAGACAUAUCCUGAAUUGUGAAUAUGCACUUGAAACACGUAUCGUGCCAACACAACACAACCAUUGCACGUUCUUAUAUAUGGGGACUUAUAUGGUACCCAGGUUCCUUCUGUGCUCUGAAAGCCACUCAUUCCAAAGCAGGAAGGGGUGGGUAAUUUUUGAGCGGUGUUCCUUUCGAAGUAUGUACCCACCUAUUAUGAUAGGUCGUGCACAGCACUCUGGCAGGACAUGCGCUGUAUUCCCACCGCUUUAUUCUUUUAUGAACGCUACCUGUCUCGUUGCCUGUAUUAGUAAUAUUGUCAGUUCAAUCGAUAGUGGUGACUUCAACUGUCCCCCUGCAUGAGAGUGCGUAUUAUCGCGCGCAGAGUGAUUUACGGAGCACGACAAACUCUCAAACUGCCAGUGUUGCUCCGGUAUAUCUUAUUCCCCUCUGAGUUAAAAGCGUCGUGGCUUUCUCCGUUUUUCUCCGCGCACCCACAUAUCCGUGUACAUAACAUGUUUUCGAGCUGGUCCGAAGAGUGUACCUACGUACCCCGCCUUCAUGGAGGGAGGGUUAGGCAAAAAAAAAAAAGGAAAGGACGCGAUGGUGGCGAGUGCGGACAAACGUGUGUCUCGCACAUCCGCAGGAUUACUUUGACGUGCCUUUUUCAGUUUAGCUUCACUCCCUUUUAGCGAUUGUACAUAUAAAAAUCCCUCCGUGCAGUUGUACAAAAUGAUUACGUGUUUUAUGCUACGCGGACGUGACUGUUGCGGUUCGUCGUGAUUCUUCGUCGGGGCACCAUUCUCGUGAAGGGUUAACAGGGCAGGCCUCUGUACGUCAUAAGCUCCGGGGCGGAACCUGCACUGUACCUGUUGCUCGAAGCAACUUAUACGUACACUGGUGCGUUCUCCGCUUCUUGUAGUUGUUGUUAUCAGACGGUAGCCUGGUAAAUUUCCGUCUAAAAAGCGAACUUCGCCGGACAUUACGCUCAGCACUAGGCGUUGUUCACUAUGACAUCGUUCAAAAAAAAAAAAAAAAAAGUCAUCUUCACGUAUUCUUUGCCGCGGGACACGAAGAAUUCCCAUGCAGGAGCGGCCGAGGCAAAGCAUUGACGCAGUUGAUGCCAUGUGAAAGGGAACGCCCCCGUGGCGUCAUACUGACGUCACUCAUACGUCUAUCGUCGCGGUAAUUUCAAACUGCGUGCAUUCCAAUUAUUCGCAAUGUCAAUACAAAAUUAUACCGAUCAAGUCGGCGACAAUUGAAGCACGGAUACGGUAAAUAACGGAAUCUAUUACCCGCGAAUUAAUCAAUUGAACAAAAGCCUGACAAUUAAUGCUAGGAGAACGAACUGUGCCUUUAAGGCGGCAUUGAUGCAGGUAGUGCACGCCCUCAAAUGUCCUGCAGCCAGUGCAAAGACAAGGACGGUAACAAAGCAAGUAGUAAGUAACCUGCCCGCGUACAAUUCACGAGGACUGGGCCCCUGGUCUGCAGCUCUAAUAUAGUCCUGUCGGUCUAAGAGCCGUUCGUUUCUUGUCCACGUUUUCUCUGAGGAUUCGACAUCAUUUCGGCAGUUUUUUGUAAUAGACGUUUUCGUACGUCGGAUGUAUCGCAAUCCGUUCCGCUCAGGUAACUUUACAGCUAAAGGGUUGUGCAAGUGAAUAAGCUUUCAGCGUCUCCAGGUAUAAAUUUUCUCGUACAGAAUCCUCCACAUAUAUAGCUUCUGACACUACAUGUACCGCUCCCCACAAGUGAUCUUUUCACAGUUCAAUUUUACUACGCAGUCCAUUGAUAACAGUAUGACGCCCGCGUAACAGGUAUAACAAAAAUGAUUUAAAAAUAAAAAGAUCAAACUGAGUUCAUCGCAUGCAAAUGUGUGAUCGAUACAUUUCCGGUUCAGUUUCGAUAGUUCGAUAGUUUUGUUUCAGUUUGUCUUGGGUGCCCACACGGUGGGUGCCCAGCGGGCCUCUUGAAACUAUCCAUGAUAGCGGUACCAAUCGCAAAAAAAGAAAAACUCUUCCACGGUACAUGUGAUAGUCACCGUUAUGGAUGGGGGGAGGGGGAAGCUGCCCUCGAAUCACUUUAAUCGGCGGUGAGGCGUAUAUAUGCUCAAAAACGUUUUUACGAGACAGUCUAAAAUACUCUUACCUUUGAAGUGCCACUGCGGACAGAAUGUCGUGUUUUCAUAAACCCACCGAACUUACGUCAUUCCAAUCUACGCGACGUCACACACUGUGUUCUCCCAAAAUAUUGUUGUUCUCUGCGACGCGGAAGUAUGUCAAAAUUAAUUUCUAGUUUCGUACAGUAUGACGUCAUGGGGUACCCCAGUCUACCCGCGCGUCUAUGGCUCUUCCAAAGUCGAUUUCCGUCUCCUCGCCACAGCUGCCGGCAGUCUUCCAACGUGAGACGGAGAGCGGAGACGCGUGCUGUUGCCGCACUCUUAAAACAGAACUUCACCACACAGCACGCUCUUGCCAGCCAAUCACCAUCCCAAGUGGCAUUGUUCUGCCCCCUGAUUAGAAAAAAAAUAAAUAAAAAAGAACGGUGGGAUAGGUGGCGUACGCCUUUUUAUGACACUGAUGUAGUUAUGUUAAUUGUCACAAAAAGGUGUACGCCCGGCGCUUUCCACAAAUCUGGAGUAAUAACGGUAUCAUUCUGCGCAGUGGUUGACCUCCGGUGAAGUUCGGUUUUAAAAGUGUAGGAGACCGACGCCAGGGGUCCCGAUGACGUCACCCACUCUCGGAGAAUCCGAAACUGUGACGUUUCGCAGGUUGUUUCUCGUUGACUGCAUUUAUAGUUUGCGCACCAAGUCUCCGAGCGAGGUUGAUUUUUAACACAACGUGAAAUAAAUAUUUUGUUUUUGUCCGUAGUGGCACUAUAACACCACCCACAGCAGCGCCUGUAAACGACAGAUUACCGCAACUAUUUGUUACGCACAUUUUGUAUCGUGACUCAUGGCAUUGUGUUCAGUGAAAUCGUUUCACAGGUGAUACUUGUGGUCGCACAUUUUCCUUCAUUGUUUGGACGGUCUUCCUCUGAUGUUUCUCAAAGUGUGAUUUGUACACCUUCACCCAACUUGGCUGAAGUCGGCCGCACCUGGUUCACGCGCUGGCCUAUGCGGAGAAAAAAAAAAUCUAAACAGGAAGGCACUCGCAAUGUUGCUCUUGGACUCACUGUAACUUGUUGUGUAUGAGUAAUUGUGUUGUAUAAAAUGACACAGCUGGUGAGAACCCGCCAGCGAUUUUGUACAGAAAGUAGGUGUAUUAAAUAUCAUUUGACGAC